AAUUAUCACGACUCACGACGCAUUCCACCUACCAUACAGUACAAGUACCGUGGUACCGCAUCUGUAUGUUCUACAUACAGUAUUCUUCUCCACACAAAAUAAACGCACGAAGGAACCUACCGUACGUACGAGUACCGUACGUAAAGUAUCGAUCGGCAACGCAUUCAAUUCGAAGCCCUCUGUGCAACAAACACCCUCCCCAAGGUAUUACAGACACUCCCAAAACAACAUUAUCUCACUUGACAAACACAAAACACACAGUACAAUACUUGACUCCAACCAGCAAACGAAGAAACAGAUAGAGCAGAGCAGAGCAAACCACAACACAACACAACACGACACAACACGACACGACACAAGAUGCACCGCCGUUGCUACCACCCCGCCCGUGCCUUCCUGGUGAGGAAAGAAGGUCCCUGCUUUCCCUUUGCCAGCGGUGUGACCCACCAUACCACCCGAACAACAACGUCCGGUGUUUGCGGCAACCAUCGUUUUUCCACCCUGCGUUCCAGUGGCUGCCGCCCUUUCGGUGCUUCCCUUUCACCCGCUCUCGGCGAGGAAGACGGCGGGGGAUCCUCGGCACCGCCGUUCACGUUCUCGUUCUCGCAAUCCGUUCGCGGCGGAGAUCGACGACGCUGGCAUUCGCGGUCUCGGGCGGCGCGAUCGGCCGCUGGCAGCGCCGCGCCGGACCAUGCUUCAAACACCGCAACCCCUCCCGCUGCUGCUGCCAAAGGGGAAAACCAGCGGAGGCCGCGCAAAGGGAGAAAAAAGUUUGUCCCCCGCACCGCCGCCGUAAGGCUGACCGAGGCCGCCCGGACGCUCUUCCGGAGGCUCCUGGCCCACCAGAAACCGCCCAGGGCCGGGAUCCUGCUGGACUACCAGCAGUCCUCGAGCGGGCAGCCCCGGAUGGUCUUUUCCUUUCGGUUCGUCGCCUCGGAGGACGAGCUGCACGAGAACGACGAGGGCGUCUCCCUGGAGGUGGUCGAGGUGGAAACCAGGGACCCGGACACCGGGGAGUCCACCCUGGAGAUGGUUCCCAAGCCCCCGGCCGAGGCGGCCGGAGACGGCCUCCCCAAGCUGUACGUCCACCACAACGCCUUUCUCAAGGUCCUGGGAGCUACCGUCGACGUCGAUGCGGAGACCAUGACCCCGAGGAUCCUCGACAAGGAGGGCUUUGAGCUGGACGCCAAUGCGUGAGAACCGCGGAAAGGACCUUGCGAAAGGGGAAGGAAACGGAUGGAUCCGGAGCGGCUCGGAACCCAUCGUGGAACGAGCGGGUCGGUCGGUCGGUCGGUCGGUCGGUGUGUCUGCAAACACGCUGUAGCUCUCGUUGGAUGGCGUCCCCGGAUCGAAGAGUGGUGGGGGACCGGACUUAGUUGGAACGAGCCAACGCGGUGGCAUCCAUCGGCUGCGAAACAAACAAAUGGUGCCCCGGAGGACGCGGGCAUUUGGGUCCGGGAGGCAAAACCGUUUCUCUUCCGAUCCCACAAUGCUUUUCGAACCGCCGGAUGAUGGCGACCGUCCGUCGGUGCCGGUGGUGCUUUGCAAGGUGCACCACAACUCCUCACACUCCUGGCGGCGGAUGCCCGCAGCGUGAAUAGGACAAUGGAUGCGAUCCUAGCAACGAUGCACGGACACCGACGAUCCGCCGGUGCUUAGAAAUUAGAGAUCAAUCGUUGCAUGGUACUCCGUAUGAGUUUCUUCUUCUGUUUUGCAAGGCAUCAUAAACCCCUCUUUGCUAGAUACUGUUGCCGGUCGCUCGAACCGCUGAAAAAAAUAUAGCGGUAGCAAAGAGGAGCAAAUAUUAGGAUCUAAAUGCUUCAAUGAUUGCAUCCGUAGAGUAAAAUCAAUAUAUCAUU